GAUCAUUGCAGACAACCUUCUUACCAACAUCUGCACAGACUAAGAGCAGAUCAUGCAGACCUAAAACAAGGCUGCAGUGCAUCUGUUUUGGCAAAAACAGAUCUGCUGCAGAUCUUUUGCAGAUCUGCCCGUUUCGUACGGGGGGUCAUCUUCAGAGCUGCCUAUCAUCCAAGGUGAAACUAAGGACACAUUAGAGAGUCAAAGGCUAGAACUCCUUAAACUAUGGAAAACCUCUCCUAGAGAUGCCCAAAACAUCAGGACUCUAAUGGAAAAGACAUUCCCACUAAGGAGGUCAUUCAUUCUCAAAGCAGAUGUACGCCUAUGGAAGAUACUGGGGGAUUAUCCUGCUUUUCAGGAUGCAAAGGGAAAUGAGCUGAAAGCAGAGCUGGGAAGAAUCCUUGGAAAUCCAAACAUUGUCAAGGAGAUGAAAGAAAUAUGGGAUAUGAAGAAGCCUGCAAUUUUGUCUGCUCUAAAAAGUGAAAAAAAGCAGGAAAUACGCUCAUUACUGUUUUCCCUGGAAGAUUGUGAUCCAGCAGAUGAAAAAGGUAAAAACAACAAUAAUUAUUUGUUUUCUGACAAUAUGCCAAUCCUAUAA